AAAAGAGUAACUUCGUCUUCUCAACCUUCUUCUUUUAGCAGUGAGCUGACCUUGAAUUCAAAUGGCCGUUGCGGUCGGCAACUGCUGCUUCUCUGCACCCACCUCCACCGUUAAAUUCCGUUCUUCUGUUUCCAUCCAACCCUGCUUCGCCACGUCGCUUUGGUCAAGCAAUGGCCAUGCUCUUAAACCUGUUAGUCAAAGCAAGAGAGAAAGAGCUUCCAGUUCAAGAAAAGGCUCGUCGUCGUCAUCUGCUAAAUCCCAACCAGAGAAAGAAGCUGUUCCCAAUAAGUUGAGCGGAAAUGGUGAUAUAUGGAGUGUUACUGGUAGAGGGAAGAAGGGAAAGUCUCAACCAACGGCUUAUAGAUCAUUUGGAACGCAAAGAAAAGAGAAGAAAGAGUUUACAGUUGAUCAAAAAGAGCAACAGGUUGAACCGAGGAGCCUUCAGGAUGCUGAUUUUCUUAAUGCCGUCGUUAAGGUUUACUGCACCCAUACCGCCCCUGACUACUCCCUUCCUUGGCAAAAACAAAGACAAUAUACAAGUACAGGCAGUGCUUUUAUGAUUGGUGACGGGAAACUCUUGACAAAUGCCCACUGUGUUGAGCAUUAUACUCAGGUUAAAGUGAAGAGAAGAGGGGAUGAUACCAAAUAUGUUGCUAAGGUUUUGGCCAGAGGUGUUGAUUGUGAUAUAGCUUUACUUUCAGUAGAAAGUGAGGAAUUCUGGAAAGGGGCAGAACCACUCCAAUUGGGAAGCUUGCCACAUCUUCAGGAAGCAGUGACUGUUGUAGGAUAUCCCCUUGGAGGAGAUACCAUUUCAGUAACAAAGGGAGUUGUAUCGCGUAUAGAGGUUACGUCAUAUGCUCAUGGGUCAUCUGAUUUGUUGGGCAUUCAGAUUGAUGCAGCAAUAAAUCCUGGUAAUAGUGGUGGACCUGCAUUCAAUGAUCAAGGGGAGUGCAUUGGUGUGGCAUUUCAGGUUUACAGAUCUGAAGAGGCCGAGAAUAUUGGAUAUGUCAUUCCUACUACAGUUGUGUCUCAUUUUUUGGAUGACUAUGAGAGGAACGGGAAGUAUACUGGUUUCCCUUGCCUGGGUGUAUUGUUGCAAAAGUUGGAGAAUCCAGCAUUACGGGCGUGUUUAAAAGUAGAGUCUAUUGAGGGUGUACUGGUACGAAGAGUUGAACCCACUUCUGAUGCACAUAAUGUAUUAAAGGAGGGGGACGUGAUUGUAAGCUUUGAUGAUGUUCAUGUAGGGUGUGAAGGAACAGUACCUUUCCGAUCAAAUGAGCGCAUUGCAUUCCGCUACCUCAUUAGCCAAAAAUUUGCAGGUGACGUUUCAGAUCUUGGUAUUAUUAGAGCUGGAGAAUUCAAAAAAGUUAAAGCAGUUUUGAACCCACGAGUGCAUUUGGUCCCCUUUCAUAUCGAUGGAGGUCAGCCUUCCUACUUAAUCAUUGCUGGUUUGGUGUUUACCCCACUCUCAGAACCACUGAUAGAUGAGGAGUGUGAAGACUCUAUAGGAUUGAAACUCUUGGCAAAGGCACGCUACUCUUUGGCUAGAUUCAAAGGGGAACAGAUUGUGAUCCUAUCACAGGUCUUAGCAAAUGAAGUGAACAUAGGGUAUGAGGAUAUGAGCAAUCAGCAGGUUUUGAAGUUAAAUGGAACCCAAAUAAGGAACAUUCAUCAUUUGGCGUACCUUGUAGAUUCAUGCAAGGACAAGUACUUAGUCUUUGAAUUUGAAGACAAUUACAUAACAGUUUUGGAAAGGGAAGAUCUGUUGGAACCCUAUGUGGAUUCACUUGGAGACAACCAAGCAGUCGAUCAGGACAUCGGCGACAGUCCGGUUUCAAAUUUGGAAAUUGGCUUUGAUGGAAUUAUUUGGGCAUAAAUUAUAAUUUGCUUAUAUCCCGUAGGAAUACAAAGUCAUCAGUAGAAAGAUGAUGGUUAUUGCAGGCCAACAAUUAUUUAAAGAUUGGCUCCCCUCUCACGCCAUGACAAGGUGUUCCUCUUUUAUUAUUUACUUUUGAGUUUUUUCAGUUUGGUUUUAUUAGUUAGUGUAACAAUUUUCCUCGUCUGUUAGAAUCUAAUAAUUUGUAUCCAUAAGUUUGCUUCAGUCUGCUGGCAAUCAAUUCUUGUAAUUUAUUUACUGUAACAAAAUAGUAAAAAGCCAUUUGUUAUUGAUUAUUUGUCUACA